UCCAUCCACACGUCGAGGGACUUGAAAGCUUGAAUAAAGAUGCUCAACGUCUCGGGUCGCUGGAGCCUUGUCACCGGGUGAAACUGAGUUAUCAGGAGGGACGCGCACACACACAGGAGCUGUGUAGAUUUAGCAGAAAGACUAUCCAGGUUUCGGGCGGGCACUUCCACCGACAUGGAACUGAAGAAAUCUAUUUCGGACACCGAGCGCGCGCUCAGGAGCUACGGCGCCGUGUCGGAGACGGCAUGGACAACAGACAAAGGUCAUUCAGAUGUGUCCAUGGCAGAGAGCACCAUGGCUCCAGAAGAGAUCGAGGUGGAGAUGGCUCGUAUCCAGCGCCUGCGAGAGGUCCUGGUACGCCGGGAGUCCGAGCUGCGCUUCAUGAUGGAUGACAUUCAGCUCUGCAAAGACAUCAUGAGCUUAAAGCAGGAGCUGAGACAGAUUGUCGCAGUACCAGAGAAAGAAAAAAACAAGAAGCACAGGCAGCGGGAGGAAGAGCUGAUCCUGAAGAUUCAUAAACUGGUGCAGAAGAGGGAUUUCCUGGUCGACGAUGCUGAGGUGGAGAGAUUAAGGGAGCGAGAGGAGGAUAAGGAGAUGGCUGAGUUCCUCAGACUGAAGCUGAUGCCGCUGGAGAAGAAGCUCAAAGCCACACAAAAUCCUCCAAAGCCCAAGAGACAAAUCCCAGAGCCGCCUCCCAACAAACCAUCCAUCACCAAGUCAGGAGUGGCCAUCAUAAAGGAUUGCUGCGGAGCCACCCAGUGUGCCGUCAUGUAACUGACACAGACCUCCUAACGACCUGUGUCAGAAACAACACACUCGCAUCUCAUGACAUGCCAUAAAUCUCUUCCUGUGACGGAGAACCUCUGUCAGCUAUGGUUUCCCCUUGAAACUGUUCAGGAAUCAGGUUUGCAAAUGAAUCACAGAUUAAGUUUCAGCCUCAAGAUUUCAGCCCGGAGUUUGGGAGCUGAUCCCUGAUCAGUGCACGUGGGAAACCUUGAUGAAUAUGUAUUUGAAGUAAAGGGAACUACAAGCACAAUGAUUAGAAAGUAAAUAAAUGCUGGGGUUCUCUGUCUGACAGGAAAAAAAACAUCUAUUAUCACCCCGUCAUGUUUGACAAUGGGCAUUUAUUUCUCCAUUUCAGCCCUUUAACAUCAACCAGUUAACCUCUGUUACUUUCAGGAGUUUUUAUCUUUGUUCCCAGGUGGGACGGACAUGUGGCCCAGACGAACAAUAUGGUUAUUGGUAUAAAAAAAUGGUAUAAAUAUUUGAGGGAGGGCAGCAAGUGGAUGCUUUUGCAUUGGAGCUGAGCAAUAUUUUUGACUUCAUGCAUUGGCUCAACAUCAGUUUAAUUCUCUAUCUGUGAUUCUGUGAUAUCUAAUGUACUGGAUUUAAAGGUUGAGUGUGUCGGAUUUAGUGGCAUCUAGUGGUCAGGUUGCAGACUGCAACCAACUGAAACUUCUCAGAAGAGAACCAGGCUCCCAGGAAGUGGCUAAACAGUAGAAUUACACCGUCAUGUGAUGCCAUUGGGCACAGGAUUACUUUUUCCCAUUAACUUACAAGGCGACAGAAACGUCUGUAAAUCAAUGUAUACAUUUUUUUGAGCUUCACAGCACCUGUGAAAUGACUCAUUUCAUCACCAGAAUUUGAUCCAUUUGGCCUGAUAAUACUUGAAAAGUCUAAAAGAAGCUGAGCCGGAAGGUGAAGCUUACUGGUCCAUCUACGUUCCAACCCUCACCUAUGGUCAUGAGGUCUGGGAACGUCUUGGGUUCCCCCAGGAGGAGCUGGAAAGCGUCACUGGGGAGAGGGACAUCUGGGGUGCUUUGCUUGGCCUGCUGCCCCUAAGACCCAGAUAAGCGGAUGAAAAUGGAUGGAUGGAUAUUAUAUUCUAUUUCUGCCAAUAUAUCCCCCUUGAUCCCAUGCUGGACCGUUAGAGCUUUGGCAGCUUUAAAAAAUCUGUGGUGGUCAUUGUAAGUUAACAAAACACAGAAAAUACUCACACAGUUGCUACAGAGUUGGGUCAUAUCAGCUGUGUGUUUGAACAUUUGCAUUUCACUCUGUAGUGGCUAAUCCUUACUAGCAUGCAACCUCAUAUGACCCAGUUCUGUAGCCGUGUUUCCACUGGUUCACAGCUCUUUCAUUAUGUUGUUUAACCCCUGUUUCUGCCAACACUUUAGGGCCUACUGUUUGGGAUUUAGUGGCAUCUGAGGUUGCAGACCAACUAAAACUUUUCCCAUGUGCCAAGCAAGAAUUCAACAACACUAGAGCCAGUGUUUGGGUUGUGUGUUUUGGGAUACUGUAGACAUAACUUGGCAGACUCCGAAGAAGAGGACCUGCUCCGUAUUAGAUAUAAACCAGGCCCACAAGAGUACACCAAACCAUGUAACGUCUGGGUCUAUGGUCCCAAUGAUGCGGAUGAUGUGGGUAAUUUUAUACAUAAGAGGUCAAACGUUUCGGCUUCAUGCUGACCAACUUUCAAUGAAUUAAAAGUGCCCCACCUCCACCCCUGCAUCCCGUUCUCUUUACACAUCCAUGAUAUAAACAGUUCUUUCUGAAGUAUAGAAAACACGAUCAUUAGUUUCAGGUGAUUAUACACUAAAGAAAGCAUUAUAUUUAUUAUAUUUCUGCUGAUAUAUCCUCCUGAAUCCUACACACUGGACCUUUAUAAAUAAUUUUAUUCAACAUGGUGGGGUGUUGUUCUAAAUGAUCCACUGUGCUUGCUCAUUUCCCACAUACUCUUCAUACUAACAUCAUCUCAGCCAUCAGCUACCGGGAAUUACUGACCGUGGUAGUAUGACAUCAUUCAUAGUUAUUAUGGAUAUUGCUGACAAACAACUUGCAUCCUCUGAAUUUAGUCUUGCGUUUUUAUGAUAAACACCAGGAAAUGAAAUGAAUGCAACUCUCUUGUAAAUGCCUACAAUAGACGGUGUAUGUUUGAGUGUAUUUAGGACAUUAGUGACUCCUGUCAAGCAAAGUGUUGCUCUCUGUCACUUUACCCUCCUUCUGAUAACUUAGCGUUCUGUAGUAGUAGUGAAUUUAUGAAGGUCCUUAUGUUGAAUAUUGAACAAAUAUGCAGAAAAUAAGCUGAAACUACCUGUACAUACAUGUUUAAAUAAAGAGCAUCUUUCAGGAA